UUUUCAUCCAUGUAGAUGCUGACCUCUUGGACCCUCGGCUUUCUCCUGCUGGCCACCGUCAGAGGGAAGGAGAUCUGCUUUGAACAUCUUGGCUGCUUUUCUAACGAAAAACCAUGGGCUGGGACCCUUCAGCGACCUUUAAAGAUAUUCCCCUGGACCCCCAAAGACAUUGACACCCGCUUUCUUCUGUACACAAAUGAGAAUCAGAAUAACUACCAAUUGAUCACUGCCACCGACCCGGAUACUAUAGGGGCUUCAAACUUCCGAUCGGACCGCAAGACGCACUUCAUCAUCCACGGCUUCAUAGACAAAGGAGAAGAAAGCUGGUUGUCAGACAUGUGCAAGAAAAUGUUUACAGUGGAGCAAGUGAACUGCAUCUGCGUGGACUGGAGAAAAGGGUCCCGGGCACCCUACACCCAAGCUGUCCACAACAUCAGGGUGGUGGGAGCUGAGAUCGCCUUUUUAAUACAAGUGCUGUCGAGCGAGACGGGUCAUAGCCCCGAAAACGUGCACCUGAUCGGCCACAGUCUGGGUUCCCACGCGGCCGCGGAGGCCGGCAGGAGGCUGGAGGGGCGCUUGGGCAGGAUCACAGGGCUGGAUCCGGCAGAGCCAUGCUUCCAGGGCACAGAAGAGGAGGUUCGGCUGGACCCAUCAGACGCCAUGUUUGUGGACGUGAUUCACACAGAUGCUGCUCCCAUAAUCCCUUUCCUGGGGUUUGGAAUGAGUCAAAAGGUGGGCCACUUGGAUUUCUUUCCAAAUGGAGGAAAGCAUAUGCCGGGAUGUCAGAAAAACAUUCUGUCUACCAUUGUGGACAUCAAUGGGAUAUGGGAAGGAACCCGGGAUUUUGUAGCCUGUAACCACCUAAGAAGCUACAAGUAUUACUCAAGCAGCAUCAUCACCCCAGAUGGUUUCCUGGGCUACCCAUGUGACUCCUAUGAUGAGUUUCAGGAGCAUGGAUGUUUCCCUUGUCCAAGUGGAGGAUGCCCCAAAAUGGGACACUAUGCUGACCAGUUUAAGGGGAAAACCAGUGCCGUGGAACAGACCUUUUUCCUGAACACAGGGGACAGUGGUAACUUUACCCUUUGGCGGUACAGAGUAUCAGUCACACUUGCUGGGAAAAAAAAUGUGAAUGGCUACAUCAGGAUCGCUUUGUAUGGAAGUAAUGGGAACACAAAGCAAUAUGAGAUCUUCAAAGGAUCCCUCAAACCAGAUGCAAGUCAUAUGCUUGACAUUGAUGUGGACCUCAAUGUUGGAAAACUCGAGAAAGUUAAGUUCCUCUGGAACAACCACGUGAUAAAUCUCUUCCGGCCCACACUGGGGGCUUCCCAAAUCACAGUGCAAAGUGGUGAAGAUGAGACUGAGUAUAAAUUUUGUAGCAGUGACACUGUGCGUGAAGAUGUUUUACAAUCCCUUUACCCUUGUUGA